AUGGCCUUGGAGAAGCAGCUCAUGCAGCCGCUGGCGCAGCUGCACCAGCGGGCGCAGCAGUGGCAGCAGGCGCAGGAGCGGCGGCCGAGGCAGCAGGCGUUGGGGCACUGCCGGCUGCGCCAGCGGGCGCAGCAGUGGCAGCAGGCGCAGGAGCGGCGGCCGAGGCAGCAGGCGUUGGGGCACUGCCGGCUGCGCCAGGGGGCGCAGCAGUGGCAGCAGGCGCAGGAGCGGCGGCCGAGGCAGCAGGCGUUGGGGCACCUCCGGCUGCGCCAGGGGGCGCAGCAGUGGCAGCAGGCGCAGGAGCGGCGGCUGAGGCAGCAGGCGUUGGGGCACUGCCGGCUGCGCCAGGGGGCGCAGCAGUGGCAGCAGGCGCAGGAGCGGCGGCUGAGGCAGCAGGCGUUGGGGCACUGCCAGCUGCGCCAGCGGGCGCGGUGGCAGAUCGCCCAGGCCAGUGGGCGUCAGUUGUUUGGAGAGCAGCCGGCUGACGGCCAGGAGAUCAGCCUGCAUGAUAAACAUGGCCGCCGCUACGCCGCAAUCUUUGGGCGCAAAAAACAAAACUGGAGACUCAAGGGCGAAGGAAUCAAGAAAUGGAAGACGCAAGUCGGACUGGCAGUAGGCGACAGGCUGCGCCUGCACCGCCGGCCGGACCAGCCUAACAGCAGCAGCGGCGGCGGCAUCACCCUGGACAUUGAGCGCGUGCUGCCGGUUCCUCCUGGCACGCAGCUGCGAGCGGCCCAGCACCCGCAGCGGGUGCAGCGGGUGCAGGACGAGCAGGCAUGGCAGCCCCGGACCCACGACAGCAGCAGCAGAAGGCACAGCCUGGUUACCAGCGCCGGCGGCUUCAGCCUGGACAUUGCGCGCGUGCCGGCGGCAGCGAGGCACAAGCAAGAGCAGCAGCCAGUGCAGCAGCAGCCGGCGCAGGCGCAGCCGCCGCCACCGCCGCAGCCGCAGCCGCCGCAGCCGCCGCAGCACCACCACCAGCAGCAGCCUGGAGAGGCAACAGGGACCAUCUGGCACAUAUUGCAGCAGUAG